CUAUAGAAAGAAUAGCAGUGAUGUUGCAUUGUGUGAAUCCUUUGGUGAACUUGUACACAGCGUGACCAUGAUUGCAAGAGCGAUUGGCUUACAUGAACCCAAUAGAAACUUAGGGCUAUGCGCCUACACACUACGGAGGGCACUAUCCAAAAAAGGUUGCAAUUUGUAGUUCAAUUCACGGCCCUAGACGAGCAAAAACUUGAUGACACUUCCAUAUCUUCUAGCGCCUGCACGACGUGUGCUCUAUAACGAUGGAUCUUCAGGGCAAAUGUUUGGUUACUAAGCUGGUGGUGGCUGUCGUAACGGGAAUCCUGGUUCAUGUAGGUCUACCUGUAACACAGGUAUCACCUUGCGAUAUCAACAUACCAUUUGAAGACAGGUUCAUCUGCAAUGGGCUGACCAUCUCGAUCCAUGAUAUAUUGUGCCAUGCAGAUUUACCAGUUCCUGGUAUCAGAAGGCCUACUGCUGCAGGAACCAGAGACAUUGAGAACGGGACCAUGGAAUAUGAAUCUCUGACAGAAACGAAUGUUUCCACGGAUGGACACUACUGCGUAUAUGAACACCAACAAGAAGGUACUGUAUUACUACGAGGGAUGCCUACUGAAUAUGUCCAGGAUAACACCAGUCAAGGUCAAAGCCAUUUGGCUGCCGUUGACACUAUGUUAAGCUACAGGGUAACCGAUGAGGGCGCUUCAAUAAAACAAGAGCCCCUGGUUUCAACGGAUGAACAAAACGAAGUGCAGAAGGAUACAGAGGUAGAUACGAAGAAGAGACAGAGAUGUAUAAAGAGAGUCCACAUUUUUUCGAGCAUGACACACAUGAUCCCAUUCCCAGAAAUGAACCACUUUAGAGGGCUUUUACAGACUAGCUCCAAAGAAAAUUAUGAGUCCGACAUUGACUGCAUCUCCCAAGGACACACCUGUGAUAUUGUACUAACUCUUGGGGAUGAGUUACGAUCGAUGAAAGGGAAAGAUGCUGUAAUAUUUGGGAUGGUCCCUACGAUAUGGAAAGGACAUAAACUACGUGAUAUGAUUGCGAAUAUAGACCCUGACCCAGAACAGACAUGGAUCUAUUACAGUACCGAGUCUCCUUUAAGAGCCAGUCGAUGGGCAGAACCGUUUGACAUCGCUCGCAUGAAGUACCACGUUUUAAUGACCUACGACAAGGAAGCUGACAUUCAUAUUCCAUUCGGUUACUACAGACGGUUUGACAAACCCAGUGCUACCCCGAAAGACACAGCGUUCAUGUCCGACGAGUUCUUCCAGAACAGAACUGGCCUUCUGUCCUGGGUAGCGACGAACUGCGACGAAGUGUUCUGGCCAAGGAUGCCCUUCAUCAAGAGGAUCAUCGAAGAAAUGCCCCUGGAUGAUUACGGUGCCUGUGGACGCAAGAAAUGUCUGCCGAAGAGAUCGGAGCAAUGCAAUAAGCUCUUUGCGAGUUACAAGUUCUUUCUGGCUCUACCGAACUCCGAAUGCAGAGACUACAUCACCGAGAAGUUCUGGAUGAUAUCGCUGAAAUACGGCGCCGUGCCGCUGGUUCUCGGAGCGCCAAAGGAAGAUUACGAGCGAGUGGCGCCUCCUGGAUCCUUUGUCCAUUUCGCUGAUUUUGAGAGCCUCAAGGAACUUGCAGAUUACCUUCACCGCGUUGAUCAGGACGAAGCCUUAUACAGGAAGCUCCAUGAAUGGCGACACCAUGGCGAGGUAGUCAGUACGUAUCCCUUGCGUCCAGGAGCAAUGUGCAGGACUUUACCCCAUAUUUAUCGGAGGAAAGAAGGCGAUUUCAAGUUUCUUGGUGAUUCUGUUUGGUACAAGGGUUGCAGGAACCCCUUGAACAACAUCACUUUAAAUCAAGGACACAUCGAGCUCGAAAGUUGGGCGCCAUGGAAAUGAUCAGUAAUGAUAAUAAUUAGUUUUAAGAUAUUUUCCGUUUUCUAGACUUAAAUUAACUUGAGCUAAUUUUGCAUGUUUUCAUGCUUUCUUCAUGCUUUCUUUUAAUUGAGUUUAUAUAGUUGUAUUAUUUUUAUUAUUUUACUUGAGUUUUUAUGAAACUUUUCCUCUCUAAACGUGGGUUUAUAGAGAUUUUGUUAUUUAACCCCUCAGUAUAAUCAUGUACUUAUACUUUGCAAAUUUAUUACAUUUCCCUUUAAAAAAACAUUAUUUAAACAAAAGCCAAAUUU